CUAAAACCCAUCCCAACUUAACCUAAUUGAAUUAAAAUACCACAGAUGCUCUGACUGGAAUUUCAGAAAGGAUUGUUCUAUGUUUGUGUCCAGGACUGAAACGUUCGAAACAGAGCAAUGCUGAAAGUAAAGCUGAGGUCCAGUCGAAGGGAAAAAAACAAAGCAACACCGAUACAAAAUGAAACAACGACAGUGAAGUUAGAGAAAAAAUCUUCCAAACAGAAAAUGAAAGAAUAUAGAGACAGGUUAAAGGAAAAUCCAGACACAUACAAAGCAUAUCUAGCAUCAGAAGCUGAAAGAAAUAGGGCAUAUAGGGCAAAGUUAGGCGACCAGCAAAGGGAGAGGCAGCGUGAGAAGACCAGAAUUCGGGUACAAAAAUUCAGAGAAAAGAACAAAUCUGCAUUGAUUUUAAAAACGCCACAAGAGGAUGCCUUGGUACAACAAAAAACACCAAAAACGAGACAAAAGGUUAAAGACCAGAGGGAGUAUUGGCGAGACAAAAAGAAAGAGCAGAGAAAAAACAUGACAGCUCAAAAACGAAGGAGAGUUAAUGAAAAAAGAAGAUUAAAUUAUGCCGAAAAGAGAGUUAAAAAACUAACAACAAAAGAAAAAGAAAAGGAAGCAAGAACAAUUUCCCCAGGGUACAAAACCAAAGAGGCAGAAAGGAAAGCAGUAUACCGCGCUAAACAAUCUCUGCCAUCUUCACCUAACAAGUUCGCAAGUGUUCUCGCUGGUAUUGCUGCAUCGGCCACCCCAAGAAAAAGGGCAGCAUUGCAAAAUGAUGGAAUCAUAUUAACACCAUCAAAACGACGACGACUGGAAAUGUGUAGUCAAUCCCUUGCAAAAAUAACGGAUGAAAUUCAAAGUAAAAAAUAUAAAAGAUCGAAGUUGGCAUUGAGUAGGAGACGCAUUUUAGCAUCAAGCAUAGUUUGGUCCAGUAACACACACAUGAGAAAAAACUAUGGUAUGUCGUGGGCUUUUGCAUACAAAUGUUCAAAAAUUAAGGGAGUAUGGACUGACAAGAAAAGAAGUGACGCCUUGGACGAAGAUACAAUAAAAAAAGUUGAAGAUUUUUUCAGGCAACCGUGUAAUUCAAGAUGCCUACCGGAUAAAAAACAUGUGUCAAAGAAGACCAUGGAACCAAAAAGAAUAAUGGAAGUGAGCAUUGUAGAUACAUAUGAAAAGUUUAGAGAACAGAAUGCAGAAUGCAACAUCAGUUUCAGUAAAUUUUCUUCCCUUCGACCAUGCAACGUUAAAACAAUGAACAAGAAUGCUUUCAAUAAUUGUUUGUGUGAAUACUGCACAAACAUUGAACUUAAAGUCAAAGCCAUUGAAAAAGUAGUUGGAAACAGAAGCAUUGUCAGGAAUCGCUAUGAUAUAUCUAAAGAAACCCUUUGUUCAAAGGCGCUUAACUCACAGUUCUACCAUAAAAAAUGUUUGGAAAGAAGGUGCGAUAAAUGUGGCCCUGAGAAAUUUACAAAAUCCCUAACUGAUGUUUUAAACAAAAAAUCAACUACUCUAGAGUGGCACAGAUGGGAGAACCAAACUAUAAUAGACAGAGGGGUGAAAAAGACAAGAAAGAUGCUACAGAUGAAAAAGAAUAACGUUACUCUUUUCAUGGCAGAAUUAGCAGCCGAAAUUGGUCCUUUUAGUGCUCAUUUGCAUAAUGCAGCUUGGCAAUACGAGCAAUUCAGCACACUUAUAAAGAAUGUACCUGAGAAGUGGGUUGUUUUUUGCAUGGAUUUCGCCGAAAAUUAUACAUGUUUGUAUCAAGACGAGGCUCAGAGCGCGCACUGGAAUCAUGGCCAAGUUACCUUGUUUUCAAUAGUAGCAUACUACCAUUGUCAAUCGUGUUCAGCUAAUAUGAAUGAAAGUUUGAUUUUCAUCACUCCAGAUAGGAAACAUGAUAGUCAUGCUGUUCAUUGUUUCAAUACAAUAGCAAACGAGUAUUUGAAAAGAAAGAACAUUGUCAUCGACAGACAAAUACACUUCUCAGAUGGAGCUGCAAGUCAAUUCAAAUCUAAAACGCCUUUUGAGGAUUUGAGAAAAGGAUCAGACGACUUUGGAUUCCACAUCGAAAAGCACUUUUUUGGGUCGAGACAUGGAAAAGGUCCAUGCGAUGGAGAAUUUGGGGUUGUAAAAAGAACAGUAGCAAAUGCGGUUAAAUCUAGAAAUACAAUAGUUAGAACCGCAGAGGAAUUUUAUAUGUAUGCAAAGGGUGCUUUGACAAAACCAAAAGACACCGAUGAAAAAUGUUGCCACACACAGCGUGCCUUUUUUCUUGUUGAGGAAAAAGACAUUCAACGACAAAGACCAGACCGAAUUAACGUCAAAGCUAUUAAAGAUACAAGAAAGAAGCAUGGUGUCAAAUCUCUAGCUGACGGAACAUUGGCAACACGUUUACUUAGCUGCUUUUGUAGAGAAUGCACUACACACAAUGGCACGUGUAUUAACCUACAACAUGUUGAUGAUUGGGAAAGCACAUCAAAGAAAAAUAAGAGUGUUCCCUUAAACAAAAGGGACUUUGGAAGCAAAAAUACAGACAAGACCCAAAAGAGAAAUAUGAUAAAAAAAGAUGAGACACAAGGGAUAAAAUCCAAAAAAAAGAAUGACAGUUUAAGGAAAAAAACAAAAGUCCCCCUGAACAAGAAAUAUGUUAAAAGGACCAAAGAUGAGGCUGUUAAUGAUCGUUUUGAUAAUGAGUGGCCGAAAGAACGUAGUGCAUAUUUCCAGAUGGUUUUACUUUAUUUACAGUCCUCAGAAUCAUUUGAUGACCUUCAGGCAAAAUGUAUUGAGAUUAAUGAAAGUCCAAUGUUCCACAGUUACCCAUUUACAGUCGAUAAAGACAUUGCUAUGGUGACUCAUAACCUUGCUGCAGACAGGCAAGCAAUAGAUUGUAUGCCUAGAGACGGACUUGAAUUAUUCAGCUCAAUGUUACCAGUUUGCGUUAUUGGAGAUGGAAAUUGCCUCCCUAGGUCUGCUAGUGUCGCCUGCUUUGGCAAUGAAACUGCCCACAAAGAAAUAAGAGCGCGUAUCGUGGUGGAAAUGUGUUUGUAUAAGCACCAAUAUGUUGAUAACGAAUACCUAAAUAAAGGUGUUGAUUUACCUCAAAAAGAAGCUAAGAAUCUUGUAAAAACAUAUGCAAUGUUUUCGGAAAAAUACACACCCGGCGACAAACUUACCAAUGAAGUCAUUAGCAGAAUUUAUGACGCUGAAGUUUCUGAGAUUGUCAAAUGUGGCAUAUUUAUGGGAAUUUGGCAGUUAUUUGCAUUGUCAUCAUGUGCAAAUACUAGAAUGUAUUCUGUAUACCCAGAUUUAGGAGCCCAAUUACCAAGGCUUACACUCAACAGACAAAUUUUGCCGAGAAAUAACCUGAUACAAAGCUCAAGUAAAGAAACUCCUUUUGUCAUCAUGUGGAGCUCUACAAGAACCGAUAUGACCAAACACAACUGGGUUCCAAAUCACUUUGUUCCCCUAAUACCUUCAUAUCAUCUAAAAACUCCAGAAGUUGACAUAGACUUUCUUGAGGAUGGGGACGAAGCGUUCUCUUUGGAUGACAGUGUUAUGAUGACACUAUUGCAGACUGUGACCAAUGUCGAAUUUGAUGACAAUAAUGGUGUGGUUAAUGAUAAAAACACAGCCAUCAAUGGCACAACUGUUGAUGAACCCUGCGACAUCAAUGGCAUAACUGAUGGUGAACCCCAAGACAUCAAUGGUUCAACUAUUGUUGAGACCCAAGACAUCAACGUCACAACUGGGAAUGAACCCCAAGAAAUCAAUGGUACAACUUGUGCUGAGACCCAACACAUCAAUGGCACUGGUGAUGAACCCCAAGACAUCAAGUGCACAACUGAUGGUGAACCCCAAGACAUUAAUUGCCCAACUGUUGAAGAUAACCAAAACAUCAAUGGCGCAACUGACGGUGAACCCCAAGACAUCAAUGUCACAACUGAUGGUGAACCCAAAGACAUCAACGGCACAACUGUUCGAGAUACCCAAAACAUCAAUGGCGCUACUAGUGUUGACAUCACAGAUAUCAAUGGUGCACCUGGUGAUGAGUUCCAAGACACCAAUGAUACAACUGGUGGUGAGCCCGAAGACAUUAAUGGCACAACUGGUGAUGAGACCCAAGACAUCAAUGGCACAACUGAUGGAGAAAGCCAAAAUGUCAAUGGCACAACUAGUGAUAAGACCAAAGACACAACUGUUGGAGAGACCCAAAACAAUGCCACAACUGGUGAUGAGCCACUGGACAUCAAUGGCACAACUUGUGUUGAGACCCAAAACAUCGAAGGCACACCUGCCAAUGAGACCCAAAACAUUAAUGGCACAACUUGUGGUGAGACCCAAAACAUCAAUGGCGCAACUGGUGAUGAGCCCAAAAACAUCAAAACCAAAACUGGUGAUGAGCACCAAGACAUCAAUGGCACAACUGGUGAUGUACCCCAAGACACCAAUGGCACGUCCGGUGUUGAGCUCCAAGACAUCAAUGGUACAUUUGUUGAUGAGCCCCAAGACAUCAAUGUCACACCUGUUGAUGAAACCAAAUUCAUCACUGCCACAACUGGUGAUGAGCCCCAAGACAUCAAUGGCACAACUGUUGAUGAACCCCAAGUUACCACUGCAAUAACUGGUGAUGAACCCCAAGACAUCAAUGAUACCACAGAUGAGCACAACACAUGCAUCAAUAGAUUGCCACAUGAUAAGAACACAGGAAUUAAUGGAACCACAAGUGAUGAGCACAAAACAUUCAAUUGUAGAAAAGAGGAUGACCAACACAGGUUACAGAAUGGCCAUGGGUCAAGUUUUAUUCAAAAAAGAGUCCAACUAAUAAGGCAUGUACUUGGUGGAUAGAGAAUGAGCAACAGUAUAUUAUAUCCAAUGAUGAAGUGAUAAAGAAACUUUUGCCACCUACUAUCCAAAUGAAGGGACGUCGGAAAUAUUACAGCUUUAAUGGUUUAUAAGAAGAACAAAAAGGAGAAAUGCAGUCAUGACUUUGGGAUAUGUCACAAUUAAAAAAUCAACUAUAUAUCAAUAUUUUAUUUUUCUUCUGAUUAAAGUACAUUAAAAACAAACGCUUAAAGUUAGGAAACUAUCUAUACAUAUAUUUGUAAUGAAUAUCAGGGAAUCACAAUAUCAUACUAAAGGGCAAGAACGGAUAUGGUGAACAUUACCCUGACAUAAAAUUGAAAUAUUUACAUAACAUAGUUGCAACGUGUAUAUGAUUCUUUGUAAAUCACAUAAAAACGCUGUAACGUUAAGCAGAACACUUGCAGACUUCAUAAAUUCGCAAAACAUUACUGUUAUUUACAUAGUGGUUAAAAAUUAGCAAAGUUUUUUGAUAACGAUUGUUACAUUGUGUCCAAAAAUAAUGAAAAAAUGGGUUUCAACAUAAGCAAUUUUAUAUUUCAUCAUGUUUUCAGUUUUUAUAUCAUUUACAUUUUUGAUUUGGUUUAUGAAUAAUUCGAUUAGAUAUUGAAAUAAACUUGUAUAUUCACUUAUCAUUUGGACACUUAAUGUAACCUUCGUUAUUCGUGUCCACUGUAACAUACGUUAUCAUAUUCAGAAAAUUAAAAAGUUUGAUAUAUUCCAAUCAUUAAAUCAAUAGAUUGAUGUUUUAAGAUACUAGUUUAGAUAAUACUCUAUCAACAAAUAUUAUACAAGGGAUAAAAAUAUUCAGAGCUAAAGCGACACAAUGAAAAAAGAGUAAGGACGUGGAGUACUUUUAAAUCAGGUGCAUUAAAUGCGCUUUAAAUUUUCUCAAAUCAAUAAUACAAUAUAUGAGGAAAAGAAAACUUGUUGCUGGAUCCUAGAUAAACACUUUUCACUCAAAAACCAAGCUUAAUUAUAGUAAUAGCUACUACUACAUGUAUUUGUUGGAAACCAUGUAACAAGCGUUACUCUGAUAAUGACUAGCAUUAAAACAGGUAAAUAAAUAAUAUCCGACUUUAAACUAUCUUUUUGUCAAUUAAGUUGGACUAUCGAUUGGUUUAACUAUAAGAAAAAAGUACAGAUAUCAUAUUUUCUUUCAUUUUUUAAAAUGCUAUGAAUGUCCCAGGUUUUGUUAUCACCACCAUAGAAUGACC